AUGAGAUUCAUGGCCUUUGUCCUUCACAUCUCCCAUGCACAUCGUGAAGCCAAAGUUACCAAGCUUCAAGCACUGUUUGCCAACAACGAAGCCCUCGUCACGGGUUCAGAAUACUUUUGUAGCUUACUUUCCGAAAAAACGCUCAAUGAUCCUGCUUUAGUCGAAUUCCAAGACUAUCACACUUUCGAGGGAGGGAUUUCUCUCAAUUAUUAUGGCUAUGUGUCCGACAGCGACCUUGAUGAAGACGACGACGAGGGGGAAGAAAUCGAUGAAAUUGUCAAAGACAGGUUUACUUUAAGACAAUAUUUUGAAGAUGACAAAUGCAUCAAUGCUUCUGCGGAACAAAUGUGUCGAACAGCAUCGGUCAAGAAUUUUAAUUUCAAGGGAGCGCAACGUAUUGUCUCAAGCCGCAGACUAUUGAUAACAGAUACUGCAUUCAACACAUGGCAAUCUUUAUUGUACUAUUUGUACACUGACGAGAUCGUUUUUGCGCCUUUGCGAUCACAGGAAAGUGAGACGGCCAGAUGUUGCAGCCUUGAUGGGCCUCCGCCAUGCUCACCAAAAUCUAUGUAUCGCCUAGCGUGCAAGAUAAAGCAUCCCAAAUUGCAGGCUAAAGUGCUUGGUGCCAUACGAGCAAGUCUGACUGAGUACAAUAUUCUACAUGAAUGCUCGUCUUCUCUAAAAUCCAAACCACACUGGACCAAGUAUCUGGGCUAUCCCCAGUACCUAUUUGUGAUCUUUCCCAAUCCCAUCUGGGAUCAAUUUAGCAUUUCUCCGGGACAUCCCUGUGCAUCUAUUGUGUGGACUUUCCCAUCAUAA